GCAGGACUGCGCGCCCGAGCGCGUUCCGCGUCCCCGCCGCCGGGAGGAGGUGCCCGCACGCUAGCGGCGCGCGCCGGCCCCAGUCUCGGCCUGUGGGCGAUUUCCUCCGGACCCAGGCUCCCCGCCCGAGGAGGAAGAUGCAGACCUUUUUGAAAGGGAAGAGAGUCGGCUACUGGCUGAGCGAGAAGAAAAUCAAGAAGCUCAAUUUUCAGGCCUUCGCCGAGCUGUGCAGGAAACGAGGCAUAGAGGUCGUCCAGCUGAACCUCAGCCGGCCGAUUGAGGAGCAGGGUCCCCUGGACGUCAUCAUCCACAAGCUGACCGAUGUCAUCCUCGAAGCUGACCAGAAUGACAGCCAGUCCCUGGAGCUGGUGCACAGGUUCCAGGAGUACAUUGAUGCACAUCCGGAGACCAUCGUCCUGGACCCUCUCCCUGCCAUCAGGACGCUGCUGGACCGCUCCAAAUCCUACGAGCUCAUCCGGAAGAUUGAGGCCUACAUGAAAGAUGACAGGAUCUGCUCUCCACCCUUCAUGGAGCUAACGAGUCUGUGCGGGGACGACACCAUGAGGCUGCUGGAGCGGAACGGCCUGGCUUUCCCCUUCAUUUGCAAAACCCGAGUGGCUCAUGGCACCAACUCUCAUGAGAUGGCCAUCGUGUUCAACCAGGAAGGCCUGAGCGCCAUCCAGCCGCCCUGUGUGGUCCAGAACUUCAUCAACCACAAUGCCGUGCUCUACAAGGUGUUUGUGGUCGGCGAGUCCUACACCGUGGUCCAGAGGCCCUCGCUCAAGAACUUCUCCGCGGGCACGUCAGACCGUGAGUCCAUCUUCUUCAACAGCCACAAUGUGUCAAAGCCAGAGUCGUCAUCAGUCCUCACCGAGCUGGACAAGAUCGAGGGCGUGUUCGAGCGGCCCAGUGACGAGGUCAUCCGGGAGCUGUCCCGGGCCCUGCGGCAGGCGCUGGGUGUUUCACUUUUUGGAAUCGACAUCAUCAUCAACAACCAGACGGGGCAGCAUGCCGUCAUUGACAUCAACGCCUUCCCAGGAUACGAGGGCGUGAGCGAGUUCUUCACAGACCUCUUGAACCACAUCGCCACCGUCCUGCAGGACCAGAGCACCGGCGUGGGUGCCUCGGGGGAAGUGGCCCCGUUGAGGCACAGCAGGCUCUUGGCUGAGCAGGCGGGCAGCCUGGCGGGCGAGCGGACGUGCAGCGCCGGGCCUGGCUGCUGCAGCAGCAUGAUGGGCCAGGAUGCACCCUGGACCGCAGAGGCCGACGGAGGUGGAAUGGAUGCGGGUGGCUCCACCAAGCUGCCACACCAGAGACUCGGCUGCACUGCCGGAGUGUCACCCAGCUUCCAGCAGCACCGCGUGCCCUCCCUGGCCACCAAGGCCUCCUCACAGUAGCCAUGGAGCCUGGGACCCAGAGGGGCGGCGCGGGGCGCAGAGCACUCCCGCUGGGCCAGCAGCUCCCAGCGGGGAUGCCACUAGGAAUUCUCGGUGAUCUGAUGCUUCUUUUUUUAAUUUUUAAUCUGAUUUUAUGAUGUGAUCUAAAUGAGGGGUGGGGGGAGAUGAAGAGAACACCCAGUGGCCCUGCUCGUGGAAAAGGGGCACCCCGCCUAGUUCCUGCUGUGCAGAUCUCUUCACUGAGUUUACACACGCUUGUGUUUUCAACACUAGGUCUGAAUGUGAGGGGUGUGUGUGUGUGUGUGUGAUCGUGUGAUUGCUGUGCAAGUGUGCAGGGCUGUGUGUGUCUGUCUCCAUGGCUGCUGAGGGCCAGGCCUCUGGGGACCCUGCAGGGAGGCCUGACCGGGCUGUUGGUGGCUGCACAGCCAGCGAAUGAACUGUUCCCCUUGCUCCCAGCUCAAGGCUGUCCACACCCUGACCUGACCCUUCCUUCUCCGCCCUCCUGCCGUGUCUUCAGAGACCAGCACCGCCCUUGUGUGCAGGUGACCCCUCCCCUAAGCCGGGAAGCUCACAGGCCCCGUGGCAGAGUGGCAGAGCUCUUGCCGGGGGUCUGCAUUAUGACCCACCUCCCAAGGAUGGGGCCGGGAAAGGAAGUUUCCUGUGGGCAGAGGCCGAGAGGCCCUUGGUUGCCGCCAUUCUUGCCCUGCUCCCUGGAGUCACCAGGCCCCUCCAUAUGGGUCCAACCCAGUGCUGCCCCUUCCUGGGACCCAGAGGAGACCACCUUGCCAGGAGCCCUGGGCUGAAUCCACCUGCACCCAGGAUUUGUGCUAGGAUUUUGGACAAUUUCACGAGUCUUUGGCCCUCUGUCCCCUUGUCUCUAGUGGGUGGCUGAGACCAGAGAACUGAGGGCCAGCUUCAGCUCUAGGCCCGAGAGGCAGCCUGCUUCUCUGUGGCACCAUGCUGAAUGAGGCCAGUGUGGGAGCCUCCGCUGGGCAUCAGGGCUAUCUGGGGUCUUCUUCCUGGGUGGGAGGGGGACACCCAGCCCGUAUGCAUCACACCUGUCCGCACGUACCAGGCCUUGUUUGGCAAGCAGGCCCCACGCAGCCCUCCUGUGCUCACUGAAAGCCUGGGUGCUCAGCCAGCCUGCCGGGAGCUGCACCCACCUCAGACUCAACUCUGUCCUGUCACCGCGGCUGCAGGCCAACCACAGCUGAUCCCAGAGCCCGUGAGAUGGGGUUGUCUGCAGAGCCUUCUCCGGCCUGCCAGAUGUGGACCCCGGGCGAGAAGCCUGGGGCCUCCUGAGCAGCAUCUUGUGUCUUAAGAGGCCUCUGGUCUGUCCUCUGGUCCCGUGAGGCAGAGGCUGCCGAGGCAGACACACAGUGGGGCUGCUGGGGGCUUCCUCUGGGCUGGGCCGGAGCCAGGCGGAAGCCACCAAAGGGCCCAGCUUCCUUGGAAGGUGAGGGCCCCGGACUGCCACGGUUCCUCGAGCCAAGCAUUGACCCUGAUCCCAGGAAGCCGGGAAUCGUGGACAGCCUCUUGCACUGCUUUGUCUCCGAAAUAAACUACUGAAUCAAACUGCAUUUCGCACGCGUUUACAAAAUGUUGAUCACAUUUGUUAAUGUCAUCCUCCUGGUCCUUAAACAGAAAGUGUUUAAUAAAGGAGCUUUAUGUCUUUUAAAAACCCCA